AUGUACCACACUUUUUACUACUUUUUUCCUAACUUUAGAUCUAUUGCUGAUCGCUUUGGUGUCGCCAAAUCAACGGCUUGGCAGUGUAUGCUGGAUGUGGCAACUUCUCUCUGUGCGCGUACAGGAGAAUUCAUAAAAUGGCCUACCGGAGAAGCAAUAGAAAGGAACAAGCAAGAGUUUUUAGCAAUUGCUGGGUUUCCAGGCGUGAUUGGAGCAAUAGACGGAUGUCACAUUCAAAUAAGCGCACCGCGCGAAAACCCUGCAAGUUACGUGAAUAGGCACGGGUAUUCUUCCAUUAAUAUGCAAGGGAUUUGCGAUGCCAAGUUGCGCUUCAUUCACGUUUUUGCGGGUUGUUGUGGCAGUAUCAAUGACGCACGAGUGUGGGAGAUGAGCGACAUAAAAGAGGAAAGUGAACGCAAUAGCGAAACGUACUUUCCAGGACAGUCUCAUAUUUUGGGCGACAAGAUAUAUCCUGUUCAUUUUAAUUUGUUGCCGCCUUACAAAAAUUAUGGACAGUUAUUGAGAGUGCAAACAUUUUACAAUCUCCUACAUGCCAGAACACGCCAAGUGAUAGAAAGGACUUUUGCGCUACUUAUGAGUCGUUUUCGUAGAUUGAAAUAUUUAUAUCUGCAAAACGUAGAGUACGCGUCUCUUAUUAUACUUGCUUGUUGCUGCCUCCACAACAUUUGUAUAAAUUUAAAUGAUUUUCUGGAUGGAAUUUUAAAUGUUGGAGAGGAUGAUUUUGAUCAGCAGCUCGACGAUGGAAAUGAUAAUCCAUUACCAGAAGUACCACAAGACAAUCCGCGUUUUAAUCCAGAGAUUAAGCGCAAUGUGAUUGCGAAUAUGCUGUAUUUAAAUCGCGAGUGA